CCUGGAUAGACAGCCGUCCAUCUGUCCAUCCGUGCGUCCACUACAGCAGCCAGGAAGGUGGGAGCGUCAAGGUGAAGAUGCUGGAAAACGGGAGGAAGGUGUUCAAGGAGGGUCUGCUGGAGAAGCGGAGCGACGGGCUGCUGCAGCUCUGGAAGAAGAAGCACUGCGUCCUGACCGAGGACGGCGUGCUGCUGCUGCCGCCCAAACAGCACGACCAGCCGCAGCACCACCAGCCGCACCACGGCGGCGGAGGAGGAGGCGGAGGGGACUCGGGCAAAGUCAAGGAGCUGCACUUCGCCAACAUGAAGACGGUGGACUGCGUGGAGCGGAAGGGCAAGUACGUGUACUUCACGGUGGUUAUGACGGAGGGUAAGGAGAUCGACUUCAGGUGCCCACAGGACGAGGGCUGGAACGCGGAGAUCACCUUGCAGAUGGUCCAGUACAAGAACCGGCAGGCGAUCCUGGCCGUCAAGUCCACCCGGCAGAAGCAGCAGCUGCUCGUCGUGCAGAUGCCCGGGCAGAAGACGAUCCGCAGCUCGCCAAAUGUUGCGUGACCUGCGGCGAGUCCCGCGGACAAUGGUGCACCAUCAGCGGGAAUAAAUCCACAGUGUCAGUAUGAGUUGGCGUCAAUGGUUUGAUCCAGACUGUUGGAAUGAAAUGAGCAGCCCGAGGUCCCGUUAUCAAGCGACUUUAGAUUCGCCUCCUGUGUCAGGCACCAUCAGUCUGCAGUCUGUCUAAUUGAUUGCAUCCGCAGGUUAAUUGGACACUCAGCUGGAGGAUGAAUAUUGACGCGGGCUGCAUCUCCCCCUGCCGCUUCACCACACCGUCUCCAGGAGAACCCCUCUUCCGUGUGAUGGCGUCCACAGACCAGCGUCCCCUUUUCAAUACAGAGACUUAUUUCACAAAAGACUGAUGGACAAAAAGCAUGUGAGAAAACAACUACCGUGCAUUGGGUUUAUCCCUUAUUUAUUAGAUGUGUAUAUAUAUUUUCUAUAAAAAAAAGUUAUGUUGUUGAUGAAUGUUCAGUGUGUUUGUUGCUAGAGUGGAACAGGAAAUACUCACUCUGUGGUUCCCAGUCCACAUGUUACACAUAAAGUCCACUGGGAAUACUAGUUAUCUUAGGACAGCUGCUGUAGGUUAGUCUGAUCACUUCAUUCCCGGUACAAUUUGUCAUCAUCCAUGUUUUCAUUUUUCAACUGAACCAAAGAAUCAUUUCAGUGCAUUUCUCUUUUGUGCAGUGUUCCAGCUCAGAAUAUACUAUACUCAAAUACUAUAGAUAUAUGAUGAGAUACCUGCAUGACUAAUUUGUUUGACUGCUUGAUUUAUUUAUAGCCACAGUUGUAUUUUCAUUGUGUACAUUAACCAUAGCUAACAAAGCUAUCUCUUGCUUUCUUGUGAGUCUUAAGUCUGAGUAAGGUACCAGCUUAAUACCCUGCGUUUGUUUUCAGUGGCUACAGAGAAGAGUUAUACCGUGAGGACGUAACAUGCACAGCUGAGUUUUUAUUAUAUUGUCUGCUCUAAAGAUAGUUUAAUUAAUUGCAUUAAAUCGUAGUGGAUGGGAAUGAAGUGGCAUCUGAAUUGAUAUGUGUAGUCUGACAACAAAAAGGUGGCAAUACUACUUCAAACUGAUCAUCAAAAACAAAAAGGUGGAGUAGUUUGACAUUUUAAAAUUUGAAGACAUUCAGAGCUACUUCCUCUAUUAAUCAUCGAAGCUGUGUGCAUUUUAUUUAGCCCUGCUGUGUCAGUGUAUAACUGCUCUGCAAAAGACGCUAAGCUUGGGCACAGCCUAAGAGUCCAUGGAACAAAUUGGUCUUGUUAAUGAACGGUGUCAAAUUAUUGCCCAUUAGCUUCUGUUAAGUUCUGCUAGCCAUAUUUAGCUUGCUUGGAGUAAGUUAGCCACUGCGCUAACUAGCUUGCUUAGCGCAACGCUGCGUUCAAAUGGAGUUGUGUAUCCCAUGUUCAUGAGUUUAUAUUAAUAGCUCCACUGUUGUGUUAUGCAUGACCUCAUAAGAGGACAUUUUUGGAGAGCUAGAGCAAGUUCACAACUUCGUGUACAUGACUUCCAGUGUCGCAGACAGGGGCGCUUACUGCGCUAACUAGCUUGCUUACUUUAAGUUAGCUACUGUGAUAACUAGUAAGUUAAGACUAAGUUAUUGUGCUAACUAGCUUGCUCACUGUUGUUAACUACUCUGCUAUCUGGUUUGCUCUCUUUAGGCUAUGUUCUACUGUCUAAAUCAGUUUGCUUCCCCUAUGUUAGCUACUUUUCUAAUUUCUAGCUUGCAUAGCCUAAAUUAGGUUCUGUGCUAACUGGGUUGAUUAGUGACAGUUAGCUGCUGUGCUAACCAACUAACUUACUGCUUAUUUUAAGUUAACAAGCUGUUGUUAGUAACAAAAGAGACCUUUUAUGAUUGACUAGUACUAGCAUGUUUCCAGUAGGCUAACAUAUUUGCAUUUAGCUUGCCAGCUGAAGGAUUACACCUCAUUCAUUUUAAAAGGGUCAAUCACUGCGGGGCAUAUGGCAUGUUUCUCUAGUUUCUGGGAAAACACAGCACAUUAUAGCUGAGUGUCUUCCGCCUGACCCCCUGCACACGUGAAUGGCACAAGAAUAAUUAACUUGGCUACACUACAGCUCCUCCUGUGUAAAAGUUGAUUGGACCCAAAGGCUCAAAAUGUGCCAAAAGGGUCAUUUUAGCAAUGUAUUCAUGGCUUGAAAGACGUCUCUGUGUUUCUGGUCCAGUCUUGUGACCUCACAGCUAAGAGGCUGUUCCGUGGGGUUUGUGUUGUAUGACUCUCUUAUCGUCAUGAGAAGGAUUCCUCUCCAAUAGUUUGUAUUUUCCUACAAUAUUGGGACAGGGGUUGAAAACUUUUGUCGACAAAAUAACCAUGUUUGCAGCCACUUAGCCAACUGCUGAAUUUCCAGUGUCACAAAUGCUGUGAAACUUUGCCAUUUUUUCUAUUUUGCCUUGAGUUGUUUCAAAGCAAACAUUUAUCACAACCAGUUAGAUUGUUUAGGUCUCUGCAGCAGCUCUGCCUCUGAGAAAUUUGUCAUAAAAACAUUUCUAAGGGACUGUUCUUUAUUUAUCAGAAGAGGGGAUGGCUCUGGUGUGACUUUUUUUAAAUAUUAUUAUUAUUUUUAUCAUGAGAAUAUAUUUCCUUGAGCAUCCCUGAGUGACUGGGGGGAAUGCACGACCUUCCCUUCACCACAAAUAACCUUUUGUUUUCAUAAUCACAUCAUAUGUAGGUAUCCAUGAAGGCACCAAGCAGACAUGGGAGUGAAAAACUGUGCACAACAGUGGCAAAAUCAGUGCAUGGCGGAAGUUAGUGGAUUUUAAAAACAUACAUUUGGAAGUUAAAACUUGUAAACAAAAUCCUGGAGUUGUUUUGUUUUUUCCAGUGUCUGCUUAGUACUAAUGUUUUGGCUGUUUUUUGGCAAAAUUUUUAAGUAAGACGUGAUUUUUAAGACUUAAGAGUACAUUGUGCAUGAUGUGUUCAAGGAUUGUCAAAAUUUGAAAAUCUUACAGUUUGUCUUUACAGUUUCUGGCUGUGAUAUUAAUAGUGUAAUGUUGUUAAUUCUUAAACAAAUCAAACAAACACACAAAAAAAACCCUCUUGCACCUGAUACCGGGAUUUGGGUUCAGAGGGUAUCUUAAAUAAAAUACAAAAUACAGUGAUUUCAGGUUGUACAUCCCUUCCCUUAGACAAAAUGAAAAAACCACAAGACACCCUCCCUAGUGAUUAAAUAUUUUUGACAUGCUCCCCCAAAUUGCGUUCUCAUAAAUACUUAACAGUCCCUAAUUUGCAGCUUUUAUAAAAUGAAAUGAAAAACAAGCAUUGAAUAAUGUGAUUGCUGUGAAACUAAAGAUGGCGAUACAUUUAGUAACGCCCUCUGUUGUUUUUCUCAUGAUGAUGGAGCGAUGUUAUUUCACUAUGGCUCAUGUUGUUUCCUGUUUUUCUGAAAGUGUUUUCCAGUGCUUUCCCCCUCUUUGCCAGUGUGUCGAAGCCAAGUCAACACAUGCCUCCGUGUCGUUGUCAUCUCCCACGCCGGGUAAUAGCUGUGCCCUUUAUCUAAUGUGACUGGUGUGAUGCUUCUCUGCUGACAUGCCUUCCCGUUGCCAUCAUCACACACACAGUUAUAGCUGUGCCCUUUGUAGCCACUGUCUGAUUUCUUAUUCCAACGUGAGAUCUAUUUUCAUACCUCGAAAAGAUACAUUCCAUUAA